CCGAGGUGAAGCAGCUGCGGUACAAGACCGCGCUGCCAGAGCAGUAUCCCGCACGGCUGCCAGCCUCGCCGCCGCUGGCGGUCGGAGACCUCGUCGACGCCGCCGCCUUCGUCUAUGGCGGCCUGGCUGAAAGGCUGGCGCCACCUGAGCAGCGCGUGGAACAUGGAGGUCGGCCCCGCCUACGAGGAGAAGACCCCGGCUUCACCUGGCCUCGCGAGGCGGCGCAGAAGGCCGCGGAGGCAAAACGAGGCCGUCUGUGGUUCCAGCAGGUGAUAGCUGACGUGAAGGUCUUCCACUUCAGCGGGACCAAGAUGCAUCCGUGGCUGUCCAUGGACAAGACCCCGCAGGAGGCGCACCAGGAGGCCCUCGGUCGGCCGCCGCCGCACGGGCCGGGCAGGCAGCUGGUGGCCACGGCCGUGCUCGAGUGGCGGACGGCGCUCGAGGAGGUGACCAAGGAGGUCAAGGGUUGGAAAGCGUCAGAGCGCCACGCCGUCCAGGCCGCCUGCGGCCGACUCCGCCGCUGGGCGGCCUGGGAGCGGGCAGAGCGCCGCGAGGCCGUCGAGAGGACCGACGCGGCAGUGCCGCCACUGCGAAGGCCUCUUCGGCGAGGGGCAAGGACGCUGGCUUCUGGGGUGGGAAGGCUGGUGGCUCUGCCACGACUGCGUCGUCGGGUACAUCUUCAGCGACGAGGAGAACCCGAUGCGUUGCGGUGCGCCGAGUGCGGCGGCGACGACGGCACCUCCAGGACCUGGCGAUGGACCAACGGGCAUCCGUCGUUCUGCCGGAGCUGCUGGCCCACCGCGCCCGGGGACCCCGACGGCUGAGCACGCUGGGCGCGCGGGCGGAGGGGCCCGUGGGCCACCCGCCGCUCCCGGCCCCAUUCGACCUCCUCCUCCUCCUCCUGUUCCUCCCUUUCCUGUUGUUCCUCGAGGAUCUGCGGGGCGUGCGCGGCUGCGACGCUCGGAGGUCCCUUUCUUGUCCGCGGCGCGCUGCCGCCAGCCUUCGCGCCCCCAACGUCCCGCCCAUGCCGGCCCCCGGCUCUCCUCCCCGCUCCCCUCCCUCCCCCUCGUCCACCUCCCUCCCCGUUCGCCCCUCGCCCCGUGCAGUCCACCUGGCGCGGCAGCGCUCUGCAUGCUGGGCGGGCGCCGGCCGACCAGCCCACCGCACAUUGGGAGCAAAUGCUCGACUGGCUCGAGUCCACCAG